UUUGCGCACGGGCAACACGAGGGGCGGGGAAGGUUGGUUGGUUCCCUGCGCUCUGAGCACUGGAGGGAGGGGUCCGCCCCCGCACCAGCUCAAGUUGCGGCUCUAUAGCCUGCGACCUGCGCGGUGCCUUGGGUAUACCAAUACCCUGGCGCCGAGGGACCUGCGGACGCCGGUCUAAGGGCUGGGGCCGCGCUGCGGUGCUGCCCACGCUGCACUCCAGGAACUGGAGCCCGAAGAAUGGGCAUAAGGACAACCUGAUCUGCCCUAGAAAAGCUGGCCGGCGCCCUGGCCAUGGAGGACUGCAACGUGCACUCGGCAGCCAGCAUUCUGGCCUCAGUGAAGGAGCAGGAAGCCCGCUUCGAGCGGCUGACCCGGGCACUGGAGCAGGAACGGCGCCACGUUGCCUUGCAGCUAGAACGUGCCCAGCAGCCUGCCAUGGGCAGUAGUGGUAUGGGCAGUGGGCAGGCCCUGCCAAUGGCCUGGCAACAACUAGUUUUGCAGGAGCAGAGCCCAGGCAGCCAGGCAUCACUAGCCACGAUGCCAGAGGCACCUGAGGUGCUCGAGGAGACAGUGACUGUGGAAGAGGACCCUGGCACACCCACUUCCCAUGUGUCCAUUGUCACAUCUGAAGAUGGCACAACCCGGCGCACAGAGACUAAGGUCACCAAGACAGUCAAGACAGUGACCACGAGGACAGUACGCCAGGUGCCUUUGGGCCCAGAUGGACUCUCUCUGUUGGAUGGUGGCCCCCCAUUUAGCCCUUUUUCUGAUAGCCCCCUGGACCGGCAUUUCCUGCUACGUGGUGGUGGCCCAGUAGCCACACUUUCCCGAGCCUACCUCAACAGUGGGGGUGGCUUUCCCAAUGGCCCUGAGCCUCGUGAUGGCCCUAACUAUGGCAGCCUAUCCCGAGGGCUUGGAGUGCGACCCCCACGCACUGGCCCCCUUGGCUCUGGACCUGGUGAUGGGUGUUUUACAUUGCCUGGUCGCCGGGAAGCCUUCCCUGUGGGUCCUGAGCCUGGGCCACAGGGUGGCCGCUCUCUGCCUGAGCGUUUCCAGGCAGAGCCCUAUGGCUUGGAGGAUGACACACGCAGCCUGGCUGCUGAUGACGAGGGUGGCCCUGAGCUGGAGCCCGAUUAUGCCACAGCUACACGGAGGAGACCUGACUGUGGGCGGGGUCUCCGUGCCAGGACCUACGAAGACACAGCAGAUGAUGCUGGUGAGCUGACUGAUGAGAGACCCCCAUUUCCAGCAACAACAGCACCCCUGGCCCAGCCCGAACGGGGCAGCCUGGGCAGCCUGGACCGGGUGGUUCGGCGUUCGCCUUCAGUGGAUAGCACCCGCAAGGAACCACGCUGGAGGGACCCUGAGCUGCCAGAGGUGCUGGCCAUGCUGCGGCAUCCUGUGGACCCUGUGAAGGCCAAUGCAGCUGCUUACCUACAGCAUCUGUGUUUCGAGAAUGAGGGUGUGAAACGGCGUGUGCGGCAGCUGCGUGGGCUGCCGCUCCUGGUAGCACUGCUGGACCACCCUCGGGCUGAGGUGCGGCGUAGGGCCUGUGGGGCCUUGCGCAACCUCUCCUAUGGCCGUGACACUGACAACAAGGCUGCCAUCCGAGACUGUGGUGGUGUGCCUGCCCUGGUGCGCUUGCUGCGGGCUGCCCGUGACAACGAGGUCCGUGAGCUAGUCACUGGCACACUGUGGAACCUGUCGUCAUAUGAACCCCUGAAGAUGGUCAUUAUUGACCAUGGCCUGCAGACACUGACACACGAGGUCAUCGUGCCCCACUCGGGCUGGGAGCGGGAACCUAAUGAGGACUUCAAACCUCGGGAUGCUGAGUGGACGACUGUUUUCAAGAACACAUCAGGCUGCUUGAGGAAUGUGAGUUCCGAUGGUGCUGAGGCCCGGCGGCGACUCCGCGAGUGUGAGGGUCUGGUGGAUGCUCUCCUGCAUGCUCUGCAGUCGGCCGUGGGCAGGAAGGACACAGAUAAUAAGUCAGUGGAGAACUGCGUGUGCAUCAUGCGGAACCUGUCCUACCAUGUGCACAAGGAGGUGCCUGAUGCUGACAGGUACCAGGAGGCCGAGCCUGGGCCCCCAGGCAGUGCAGCAGGCUCCCAGCGCCGGAGGAGGGAUGACGCCAGCUGCUUUGGUGGCAAGAAGGCCAAAGAGGAGUGGUUCCAUCAAGGCAAGAAGGAUAAUGAGAUGGACCGGAACUUUGACACGCUGGACUUGCCCAAGCGAACUGAGGCUGCCAAAGGCUUUGAGCUGCUGUAUCAGCCCGAAGUGGUACGUCUCUACCUAUCCCUCCUUACGGAGAGCCGGAACUUCAAUACUCUGGAAGCUGCCGCUGGUGCUUUGCAAAACCUCAGUGCUGGGAACUGGAUGUGGGCCACAUACAUCCGUGCCACAGUACGCAAGGAGCGCGGGCUGCCAGUGCUGGUGGAACUGCUGCAGUCCGAGACAGACAAGGUGGUGCGUGCUGUUGCCAUUGCAUUGCGAAACCUCUCGCUGGACCGGCGCAACAAAGACCUCAUAGGAAGCUAUGCCAUGACUGAGCUGGUACGGAACGUGCGCAAUGCACAGGCCCCUACACGUCCUGGCGCCCACCUGGAGGAGGACACGGUAGUGGCUGUGCUCAACACCAUCCAUGAGAUUGUGUCUGAUAGCCUGGACAAUGCACGCUCGCUUCUACAGGCCCAUGGUGUGCCAGCGCUUGUGGCACUGGUGGCAGCCAGCCAGUCAGUGCGAGAAGCAAAGGCAGCCUCACACGUGCUGCAGACGGUGUGGAGUUACAAGGAGCUACGCAGUGCCCUGCAGAAGGAUGGCUGGACCAAGGCACGCUUCCAGUCAGCUGCUACCACCUCCAAGGGUCCCAAGGGAGCACAGAGUCCCGGGGGCUUCGAUGACAGCACACUGCCACUGGUAGACAAGAGUCUUGAUGGUGAGAAGCCAGGCAGCCGAGAUGUGAUCCCCAUGGAUACACUUGGUCCAGAUGGAUACUCUACAGUGGACCGGAGGGAGCGGAGGGCUUUGGGCAGCCACUCUGCAGGGGAGGCCUCUGAGAAGGAACCAUUAAAACCCGACCCCAGCAGGAAGGCCCCUCCUCCCGGGCCCAGCAGGCCUGCGGUCAGGCUGGUGGACGCCGUGGGGGACUCUAAGCCUCAGCCUGUUGACUCCUGGGUCUAGCUUGCAUGCCUGGGCCCAGGCUCAGCCAUUUGUUAAGAGAUUGGAUCGCCAGGAGAAGGGCCAUCCUGGGCAGACCCUGUCGUGAAGCUUGGAGCCCUCUGGUGGCAGGGGUUGGUGGAGUCUCCCGCCCUGAGCAGGGCCUGAUUUUUCUGCACCCCCUCCUGUCUGUCUCUCCCUCUGCUCUCUUGACCUAACUCCUAGACCUGAGUUAGCUGUUUACUGACAUGGUGCUGUGUUUGAGUGUGAGUGUGAAUGUGAGAACACUGAGGUGGGAUCCAGGGAGGCAAUAUGGGAGGGAGCCUGACUAUGCUUUGGCAGAAUAGGAGUGUGUGCCCCAUGUGCAAGGUGUCCCAGAGGAGCAAUAUGGCCUGGGGGAGGAACAGCGAGGCAGGGAGGGGUCUUAGGGAAAGAAGUUGAACUCCAGAGGGGAUCCCCUGACCAAAACUUCACUCUGCAUGGCAGGCUGACCCCCAGCAACUUGGGGCUGCUCUAUAAGGGUAGGCCUGGGCAGGUAGGCUUCGGAGGCAGUGAGGUGAGGGUCUGGCUCCACUUACCCCCUUCUACCCUUGGAGUCCUGUGGAUGUGUGGGACUCCAAAGCAGAGGGACCCUGCACUGAGCCACUUCUGGCUGGGGCCACCAUGCCUGCAGCAUUGCGUCUGUCCAGAACCUCAGUAACCUCCAGGAUUGACCUCCAGUGGUGGCAGGAGACUGCUGUUCAGUGCCUGCUGUUUAUGACUUAAAAACAGAAGAAAAACGCUGAUAAAAAAGCAUUUAAAAUGAAACCAAAAGAAGAUUGUAUUGGUAAACAUCUAAAUUUUUGUAAGAAAAUUUAAAAAUUAAAAAAAGGAGCAAAGGAA